CGACAACGACAACGCGACGACGACACAACGUCGACGACAAUAAUGGCCAUCCUCAGAGCAGGAACUUAGUAUCUCGAAGUUACGUGUAGUUUAUGCCAUCUACUUCUGCUAUAUGAGUCAGACUACGCACUUUAGGAACUAGGGAAGAAGAGAGAGAGAAGGACACGUAAAACAUGGCUGAAGCCGUUGUAGACGGGACUCCGGUGUCCCGUUUUUAUUGCCAUAAAUGCAUCGAUGAAAUUGAGUGUUUGCAACCCGAUUAUACUUGUCCAAGAUGUUCGUGUGGAUUUAUAGAAGAAUUGGAGGUUGGAACCAACGACAAUGGUUCUGGGAUGGAUAUAAGCGGAGAAGACCUAAGUGAUAUUGAUAUUAUUGAUAUGCCAGCCUAUAAUCGCUACCCUACUGAUCGUGAUUUUGUAGAAAUGAUAUUGGAAUCUCCUACCCUGAAUAUGCAACCACGUGCAGGUAACAGAAGCAAUACGUUAGAAGGCAGAAGACGAGUUAGCUGGUCACGCAAUACACCAGAUACUCGUCGCUCUGGCAGGUACACUGCACUUCCUUCCCGCACUGGGCUUCUACGCCAUCGCAAUCGUGCAAGACAAGAAGCAAUACCUAUUGAAAAUUUUAUUCAAGACUUCAUACUUAAUCUGUCAGGAGCUGGUCUAGGCCAUCCAGUAACACAAGAUGGACAACCACCUGUAUUCAAUAUUAGACUGUUCUUGGGAAACCCUGGAGAUUAUGUUUGGGGUCGGGAUGGAUUGGAUGCUAUUGUCACACAGUUAUUGAAUCAAAUGGAUGGAACUGGACCACCGCCAUUACCACAAAAACAAAUUGACGCUAUACCUAAAACAGCAGUUACACAAAGUCAAGUUGAUAGCAAAUUACAAUGCUCCGUUUGCUGGGAAGACUUUAAAUUAGCUGAACCUGUUAGACAACUUCCGUGUCAACAUUUUUAUCAUACUCCUUGCAUCGUACCUUGGCUUGAACUUCAUGGAACAUGCCCAAUUUGCAGACAAAGUUUAGGUGAUCAAAGUACUGCAGAAGCAAAUCAAGAUACUGUUAGACCUAGUUUAGCUGCUCUCUUUAGGGCUGCUAAUGAAUCUAACAGUAGCAGAUCAUCAUCCACUUCAUCAUCAACUGGAAGUACCUCCAAUAGUGAUUCUUCUAAUGAAAUGUGAGAUUAAUUAUUAAAUCUUGAUGUUUUCCUAUAAUGUAGAAAAAAAAAAAAAAAUAUCAUUUUCCGUACUACAAAACCACUUUAAACAUAAAUAACUUUGGCCAUGGAUAAAAAUUAUAUUAAACUCGUGUUAACGAAUUUUCCUAAUUUUUUGAGUGAAGAAAUUAAUUAAAAUUAUAAGUCAUAAUCUGGCAAGAAUUUGUUUGCGUCCCUUAAAAUUUGUCUGAAUAUAAUUUAAAGCAAACUUCUUAAACAACUGAUGCAUACAUAUACAUACUAUAGUUUCUAUAAUGUAACAAUAGCAAAGUUAUAGCAUAUACUUUGAUAUGAUAAUGAAAAAUAUUUAAAGGUACGAUGAAAGAGUAAAAAAUCAUGCAGUUUUUACAAGCGAGUCCAACACUGCUUGUAAGAAGGUACGCUAUUGCUGAUUUAAUCGUAUGUACUAGUA